AUGGGUGCUGCUCAUCAUUUCGAUCGUGGCCCGAAAAGCAAUCACCAAUUCCGCUUCAUCUUCUUCAAAGCCGUCCAUCCUUGCUUGAGUUUCAACCAGCCAACCCGACAGAGAAUCGACAAAGUCUACCACCAAAUGGAGGAGUACGGAUUCUACGACCAAACUUUUAUACUCCAGCUUCUUUCAAAGGUAACAGACAAACCGCCCAAGAACGCUCUGACUGCCUGCGAGAGCGCCUACUGUGUCGUCAUGCAUGCCUUUCUUCAGGAGGCGGUGGGGGAUUUUAACAGAAAAGAUUAUGACAGUAUGCUUGAAGAUGAAGGUGUAGCGCCUAGAGCUCAAGCCAGCUGUGAAAUUACUUUCAUAACCUCGCCUAGUCCGGUGGACCCGCUGAAAGAGAUCCAUAGGCAGAUGGGAAUUCUCAUUGCCAUGGCUGUGGCCACUGGCCAUGAACUUCUUGGUCACCGAAUGAUGAAGAGCACCACUUGA